AUGCACAAAAGUCUCUUGUUGAUAGCUCUUUCUCUCUUGCAAAUCCAGCUGGGCACUUGUGAAGGGCUCUUGGAGGUGAAAAAAGCUAGCGAAUUAGUGGCAAUGGUGGGGCAGUGGGAGGAGGAGACGAUGAUGAUGAUGGAUUCUGAGAGCAACAGAAGGGUUUUGUUCAUGAGGAAAAGGUAUAUAAGUUACGAUACUCUGAGAAGGGAUUUGGUUCCUUGUGACAAACCUGGGGCUUCCUACUACAAUUGUAGGACUCCUGGUGUUGCUAAUUCUUACACCAGAGGUUGUUCAGUCAUUACCAGGUGUGCAAGGGGUGAUUGA